AUGAUGAAGACUUCUAUCUCCUCUGAUGUAUGGGAGAAGAAGAAGGCAUUGAUCUCCAGAUUAUAUAUGGAAGAGGAAUGGCCCUUGAAGCAGGUCAUUAAGCAAAUACGUACCGAUGACUUCAAUCCUAGUGAAACCCAACUACGAAGCAGACUGAAGAAAUGGAGAGUGACCAAACCAUCUCGCCAGACUCGAAAGAAGAGUCUAGCUGAAGUCUCUGGGGAAGAAGAUUCAGAUGUGAAGAGAAAAGCAUCGAUUCAAAGACCACUGCCAUCAUUACCAGUAAGAGCGGAACCAAUAAUCCGCCACGAAUGGCCCAUGGCACAACCUAUCUAUGGACAAUCGUCCACCCAACACCAUGUCCCAGAUCAGGACCGGAAAUGGAGCUCUCCUAUGAUCCAACAACUCACCCCAAGUCCCUCGGGAGAGCACAUCCUCGUCCCAGACCGUACAGCCGUCUCCUAUCCAGAUCUCAGCCCAACAACAACAGCCUUCGACCACACCUCCCCGGUGGGAGAAGGUCUCAUGCUGAACACCACCUCGGCCAUGACCCCAUCCUACCAAGCCUAUCCACUCUCACCAGAGUCAUGCCUUCCAAGCCCGGGAACAGCAACGACCCCCGGCAUCGGCUGGCCACCACGCGCUGUCUCAGUAGACUACGGCCUUAACCCAUCUCAAUGGUACUCACUACCCUUUGAAGCCAUCACUCCCCCAGCCACCGUCCCCCAAUCUACGGCUGCUCCCAUGGCACCUUCAGUCAAUGGCUACCUCCCCCAAGGCCAUCUCUACAGUCCCCAGUAUCAUCAAUACCCCAGCGAGGCACCAGAGUACCCGCCUGGCUAUGAUGUCAAGAACUGGAAGCGCGCGAUGUCGUUGCAGUAUGACAUGGCUGGUCAUCUGGCUGCCCGGCCCGAGCAUGAUAGGAAGCAGAUGAUCCCUCAUACUCAGCCCCAUGGCCAGAUGCAUACUAUGACGUCCCCGACUCAUACUCAACCCGGGCCUCAUUCAGUGAUGUGUGCUCCGAUGCCUUAUGUGGAUCAUGACCAUUAUGCACAGAAGCCACCCGGCAUUGGAUACUAG